CCCUGCACAUGUUCGGUCAACAGCAGCAGCAGCAAGGUACCAUGCCCCAGUUCCCUCAUAUGUUUGGAGGCACCAACCUAAGGCAGCCAGCCCAAUUCACGGCCUCGCCGUUCAAUGUCGCUCCGGCGCUUCCACUACAGCAGCAACAGCACGCGGCUGAUACAGCUGGGCGUCCUGUCCAACCACCACAGGGCCAGGCUCAAGUCCCGGGCCAAGGUCUCCCUCCUAUGGGGGCUGGGAGGUUCGCUAUGGCAUUCGGUCAGGGUGCUCCUCAGGUCGUGGGGAAUCCUAACGGCAGAGCAAGCCUUGUGGUUGGUCCAGGCCUUGGGAAAGCAUUCCAGGCCCCACCAGGCAGUCGAGUCGCCCAGCCUCAGGCCAUAUCGAAGGCCCCUCAACAGCCUGAGAUGCAGAAACCUUCUACCUCGAUGACCCCGUCGAAAGGUGUCAAGAAUUCUCCGGCUAAGGCUGGCACGCCGGCAUCACGCACGAUCGCGGAUUUGAAAGCUUCCUUGGCCUCGAAAGCCAAGUACAUCACACAGCUUGAACAGGAGCUGGAGUCCAGGAGUCAUCCAGGUUUCAAUGGGCCCACGGGAGAGAGUCCACAUGGCGAGUCUAUUAAGAGGCUCAAGGCUCAACUCGCGUCUAAGGAUGCGCUCAUAGAUGAUCUCAGAGAUGAAGUUCGACGACUCAAGACGUUCAUGGGCGCUUCGACCUCUCGCCCUCUAAGCAGGCCAAGCCCUAGGGAGAGCAAGGGAACUCCGAGCCCUAGGAAGUCUCCUGGUGGUCUUGGUUCAUCGGGCAAGCUACAGAUUCAUCCCUUGCUGACGGGCGAUCCAGCUUUCCCAUAUCAUAGCAUGAAUCGCGAUGAUCCUGUGGACAUGAGAGUUGAGGAGUUCUACAACAGCACCUCUUCGGCGGUGCCGAUCAAAAGAAUCAACCGAAAAUUUUACUCCUUUGGGUCAACCCAGGUGGAAAUCGAUGUAGUUAACGGCAAGCUGCUGGUCCGUACAGAGGACGGAUGGAACAAUGGUAAGUACGGUGCUAUCGAGAAGUUCCUGGUUCACUACGAGCCCACGGAACGUGAGAAAGCGGGAAUGCCCCCCUUUGCUAAUUAGAACAUGGAAUAGUCCUCUACUGCUAUUAUC